AUGUCAUUGUCAGCAAGUGUUCAGAUGUUCCUACAGCUCCGCAAUAUUGAAACGUCCGAUUUCGAUUUAGAUAUGGAGAUAGUGAGCCUGAUGAAGGACGGCAUGAUCGACGACUGGGACAUGUUUGAGCGACUGACCGAGUACACGUACAAGCAACGGCUGCACGCCUUAGCUGAGCACCAUCCGAUCCUGAUGACCGAGUGCCCGUGGAACACCAGAUUGAAGCGCGAGAAGCUGUUGGAGUUGAUGUUCGAGAAAUUCAACGUGCCGGCUAUGUAUAUCUGCAAGAACGCCGUGCUGGCCGCAUACGCGAACGGCAGGUCCACGGCGAUGGUCGUGGACAGCGGUGCCACGCAUACCAGCGCGGUGCCAGUCCACGACGGUUACGUCAUCACCCAGGGGAUCGUCAAGAGUCCCUUAGGCGGUGACUUUAUCACCAUGCAAUGUAGACAGUUCUUCGAGGAGAAGGACAUCGAAUUGUUGCCGGCUUGUCUUGUCGCCAGCAAAG